AUGCAAGUUAAAAGGUAUUUGGGUACGAGUAGACCAUGGUACAAUCACUGUCCUGGACCUUUGUCUCAGUUCACAGACGAUGAACUCCUCAUGAAAGAAAGUGUUCGUAAACUAGCAAAGGAAGAAAUUGCGCCACUCGUGCGUAAAAUGGAGAAAGAUGGUAAAAUAGAUGAAGGAGUGCUGCAAAAGCUCUUCGAAAAUGGUUUAAUGGGUAUUGAAAUACCUGAUAAAUAUGGUGGUUCUGGAUGUAAUUUCAUGUCAACGAUCUUAACGGUCGAAGAAGUGGCCAAAGUUGAUGGUGCCGUCGCGGCAUUAGUUGAUAUCCAUAACACGCUGGUAAAUUCGUUGAUUUCAAAAGUCGGCUCCGAAGAACAAAAAGCGAAGUACUUGCCGCGGUUAGCUCAAAAUUACGCGGGUAGCUUCUGUCUCACAGAGCCUGGAUCGGGAUCCGAUGCGUUUUCGUUGAAAACUGAAGCAAAGAAAGAUGGGACCGAUUAUGUGAUAAACGGUACAAAAAUGUGGAUUUCAAAUUCUGACAUUGCCGGAUUAUUUAUAGUUUUUGCAAAUGCAAAUCCUUCCAUCGGAUACCGUGGCAUUACAGCUUUCUUCGUAGAACGAAAUACACCCGGAUUGACAGUCGCCAAACCGGAGGAUAAACUGGGAAUAAAGGCGUCGGGUACCUGCAUGAUCCAUUUCGAUAAUGUCAAAGUUCCGGAAGGUAACAUCUUAGGAGAGUUUGGUCAUGGUUACAAAUAUGCGGCUGGAUUUCUGAACGAAGGUCGAAUUGGUAUCGGAGCACAAAUGAUUGGUGUAGCACAAGGCUGCUUGGAUGCCACAAUACCAUACACCUUGGAAAGGAAACAAUUCGGCAAAGAUAUUUUUUCGUUUCAGUCUAUGCAACACCAAAUUGCCCAAGUGGUCACGGAUCUCGAGUGCGCCAGAUUACUGGUCUAUAAUGCAGCUAGAUUAGUCGAUGCUAAAAAGGACGUCAUAAAAGAGGCUGCUAUGGCGAAGCUUGUAGCGUCUGAAACGGCUUUACGUGUUACCGCAAAAUGCAUCGAUUUUGUGGGUGGAGUAGGAUAUACAACUGAUUUUCCUCAAGAAAAGUUCUUCAGAGACUCGAAAAUUGGUACUAUUUACGAAGGCACCAGCAACAUGCAGUUAUCAACCAUAGCAAAGUGUAUUCGAAGAGAAUAUUCAUGAAUUCAUCAUCG